AUGUCUGCCUCACUAGCGCCCGAAUGCAAUGAAGUCAAGGAGCGCUACGAUACGUGCUUCUUGAAGUGGUACAGCGAGAAAUACCUCAGAGGAGCUGGAACGGACAACAACGAGUGCGCCGACCUUUUCAAGAACUACCAAAACUGCUUGACGGGGGCGCUGAAGGAACGCGGCAUAGACAAGCUCCUUGAUGAGGCACGGGAAGAUAGCAAGGAGAACGACGCAACAUACUUGGGACGCAAAUGGGCAUAUCUCGCGGUUGAAAUGGCGUUUUCCAGGGUUGCAUUUGUUGGGCGCAAUGUGGCAGUGUAG